UUGUGCAUCCAUAAAUGCUAACUAGUGAUCAGUGAUGUCAGUGAUGUAUAAGUAAUGGAUUGUGGACAAGCAACCACAAAGAAAAAGAAAACGUAUUCAACGUCUCAACGUUAACUAAUACCUAGCAAAGAUAUGUGGACAUGGGAAACGAAAUGUGCGCUAGAUUUUCGUGACAAGCUGUAAAUUUUGUAAGAAGUAUAAUCGAAUUUGGUUAUGGUAUUUAGAAUGACUGUAUUAAUUAACAUGAUUAUUUACAUGUUCUUGCGAAGUUGGUGGAAGUCUUGAGAGCAAUGGCUGGAGCAGGUGGCAGUGCUGACAAAACGUCUCCUGAUUAUGAACGUCAGUACCAGGAAGAUCUGGAAAGGGCCCAAGCACUUAGUCUGGAAAGUUUGGCUCUGGAGAAAUUUCGUCUCCAAAAACAGCUGCAGGAGCAGUUCCAGUUCAUAUCAAGUUCCUGCAAUGUAGCUUCUUCUAGUGCAGUUCAGCAGAAGCGAGCAGGAAGUGAUGGAGUAGAAAAACUGUCAUCCCUGAAGGCCAGGCCUCGUCCGGGAUCAUUUAAUACAGGAGGACCGCGAGCCUCGAGAAUCUUAGCACCACCUCCCUCAGUACAGCGCCGAAACAGUGCCGCUGCUGAUCUUAUUACAUUUGGCAGUCCAGAAAGUUCACCAACCAGCCGAAGCCCUCCAUGUCCGGGAUUAGGUGAAUUGUAUACGACUAGCAGCUGUAUAACAGCUACCCUUAAUACUGAAACAUCUUCCAGCCCAUUCUCAUCUCAGACGCAGUUUGCAGUAUCUGUGCCUCAGUUCGUGGAAGAAAUUCAUGAACGUACAACUGCAAGAUCCUCCUCCUUGACACAUCAUUUUGUGAAACCCUCACUUGUUCCUGUCAAUGUUGUGAAGGAUUCUACAACCCUAGUUUACAGUCCUGUUUUUUCUGGCAGACCAGCACUGCAAUCUGCAGAGCAGGUUGCAAAUCACACAGAUGCCAGGCCAGAUUUAGAUGUCCUAAAAGUUGUAGGGAAACGUAAUAAUAAUAAUUUGAUAGACCUCACUCCCUUCGACAGUCUUGGAACAGAGGGAACACAGGCUUCAGCACGGGGCAGCGUGUUAGAAGUUUUUGAUCCUCUGCUUUCUAGUUGUCAGCAAGAAAACGAGGCAACAGAAGAGAUGGGACAACCAGCAGCAGAGCAGAACAGAGCGGAGUUCCCACACACUGAUCCAUGCACAAAUGUGGGCUUGGUGGUGAGUCCAACAAUAGAUAGUUCAUGUGGAGAAGGAACAAGUAUUAAGUUGAUUGUACAUUCCAAGAAUGAAGAGAGUCCAGUUAUGUUUACCUGUGAUGUGAGUUCAACUGUGGAACAUGUAAUCCUACAUGUAGUAUGUGAGCUGGAAGGGGAUUUCCGUGGAAACGUCAAUGAAUAUGUACUGAAAGUAUGGGGUCUUGCCGAGUACUUCACCUCUCACACAUUUCUGUCUGAUUAUGAGUACAUUCAUCAGUGUAUAAAACUGGAACAAGAUGUGGAACUUUCUAUAUUACAAGUUGAUCAACUUACAAGGCCAUUGGCUAGAACUGCUCAAGAUGACAAAAGAGAUGGGGCAUUAUCACUGGAGGAUUUGCUUCCUAACGAACCAGUUCAUCCCAUAUCCUAUGAUUCACUUAUUAUACUGUUGGAGACCUUGGAGCGAGAAAUGGAAAAGGUGCAGACGGCAGCCAGCCAGAUGUGUGGUCAGCAUGUUCCAGGUCUGAUGCCCCAACUCCAGGCCAAAGGUGUGGUCCAAGCUGUGAAGGCAAUCUGUGCUCUCAUGGGCAAUGUGGAAACUCAGGACAUCACAGAAUCUGUGGAAAGUUUUGAGUCCGUUUGUCUGCAGUUUAUACCAGCUCCACCAACAGAUGGCUUGAGACCUGAGAUUGUGAAUGAAGAUGGGGAUUAUUCUGUAGUCCGUGUACGUCGGCCACUUGCAGAUGUAAUUGCCACCAACUGUGAUUUGAUUCGUGAUGCUGUGCAUGGUCUCAUUGAGACUUACUGCCAUGCCUUUAGAGUCGAUUUUCAACUCAACUCCAGAGCAGAACUACCAACAAGUACUAAACAGAGCAGCAGUAUUCUGGAUAGUGUACUGAUCCAUGUUGGUGGCUUACAUCGUCUUCUGUCAGGAUGGAACCAGGAUGAAUUUCAGUUGGUAGCGCAAAUCUAUCAUGGUACUCGGCCUGUUGGACUUCCUGUUCUCUCUCGAUCAGCAUCUCGCUCCAAGGGAUUUUAUGAUCGUGUGCUGUUUGACUCAUGGAUGAGUAUUGAGAGCACAAGUGUGUGUAUGUUGCCACGAGAAGCACGUCUUGUAUUGGUUUUGUAUGGUCGAACAAUGCAACCUCCAGAAAACAGUGGGGAGGAACCACGUAUAAAUGAGGUGGAACUAGGAUGGUUUGCCAUGCAGUGCUUCAACUUUGAAGGUGUGAUGGCACAAGGCAGUUUCCUUCUCCCAUUGUGGCCUGCAGUUGCUGACAAGAGACUGGGGCCAGCCCCAUCCCCAGGGAUACGUCCCCAUGGUGAUAUUGAUCCUGUGCUCUGGGUUGAGUUGCCAGAUUUGGGUGGACGUGUGGUUUUUCCAUCACAAGUCAACGGAAGUGAGAAGAUGAAAUCUCAAACAUACUCAGGCGCUCCCCAUGAAUGGUCAAGCCUUGAUCCAAAUACACAACAGCAACUUUUGAACAUCAUAGAGCAGGACACUUUCACAAUGCCAGCAGUGGAGGACCGGGAAGUCUUGUGGGAGAAGCGACACUACUUGUUCCACAUGCCACAAGCACUGCCAAAGGUUUUGUUGGCUGCUCAUAGCUGGGAUUGGGCUUGUCUUGGAGAUCUUCAUGCAAUGCUUCAUAUGUGGAGCCCUAUGGAACCUGUCAGUGCCAUGCAGUUGCUUUUACCGUGUUUCCCGGAUCUUGAUGUUCGUCAUAUGGCUGUGAAGUGGUUGCGGUCACUAGGGAGCGAUGAAUUGGUGGAUUAUCUGCCACAGUUGGUACAAGCUUUAAAACAUGAGACAUGGGAGGCUUCACCAUUGGCUUAUUUUUUACUGGAGCGAGCACUUACGUCACCACGUGUUGCUCACCAUCUGUACUGGCUCCUGGCUCAAGCACUUCCGGGGGAGUUCCCACAGCAGAAUUCAUCAGAGUCUGCUCCAGAGGAUGAUGUUGGCAUAGGAGAAUCCCGUUAUCACCGUCGGCUACAGCUGAUGCUCCGAGCUUUGUUUGCAAUAUCUGGAGAAGCACUCAGAGGAAGGUUCUUAGCCCAGCAGUUGCUUGUGAAGAAUAUGUAUGAAAUAGCAGGCAAUGUGAAAGCAAGUAAAGAAUCUCUUCGACUGAAGGUUCUGACACGUGACUUGGAACAAUUGCAUCAUUCAUUAGAGGAAGCACCCACAUGUCUGCCAUUGAGUCCAGGCCUUGAAGUACGAGGCGUGCAAGUGCGUACCUGUUCGUACUUCCCUUCGUACACAUUGCCACUGAAAAUCAACUUCCUCAGCACUGAAACUGGCAUCAUACCAGCCAUUUUUAAGGUUGGAGAGGACUUACAGCAGGACAUGCUCACUAUUCAGAUGGUUCGUAUCAUGGAUAAGCUUUGGCUUAAGGAAGGGAUCGACCUCAAGAUGGUGACUUUCUCAUGUGUACCUACAGGUCACAAACGAGGGAUGAUAGAGAUGGUGACAGAUGCAGAAACACUGAGGAAAAUCCAAGUAGAACUUGGUCUGACAGGUUCAUUCAAGGACAGGUCAAUAGCUGAGUGGCUUGCAAAGCAUAACCCUUCUGCUCUAGAAUAUGAAAGGGCUGUAGAGAAUUUCACAGCUUCUUGCGCAGGAUAUAGUGUUGCCACAUAUAUUUUAGGGAUCUGUGACAGGCACAAUGAUAACAUCAUGCUCAAAACAUCUGGUCAUCUAUUUCAUAUUGAUUUUGGAAAAUUCUUGGGAGAUGCACAGAUGUUUGGAAAUUUUAAAAGGGAUCGGACACCAUUUGUUUUGACGUCAGAUAUGGCAUAUGUAAUCAACGGUGGUGACAAACCGUCAGCCAAGUUCCAUCAUUUUGUGGAUCUGUGUUGCACGGCGUUUAAUGUAGUACGUCGUCAUGGCAGCCUGCUCCUUAAUCUGUUUGGUCUGAUGGGAUCUUCAGGUAUUCCAGGUGUAACACAUGAUACAGUCCGCUAUGUACAGAAGGCAUUGUUACCAGAAUUAUCCAAUCCUGAAGCAGCAGCCACUUUUGCAAGAAUGAUCGAGAGUUCAUUACGUUCAUGGUUUACUCAGUUCAACUUCUUCCUUCACAAUUUGGCUCAGUUGCGAUUUACUGGUGACCAUAAUGAUGGCAAUGUCCUCAGUUUUGUUCCUCGUACAUACACAAUGCAGCAGGAAGGACGUAUACUAAGCGUAGGUGUGUAUGGCUACCAGAAGAGAUACGACCCAGAGAAGUAUUACGUGUAUAUUGUGAAAGUAGAACGGGCCAAUCAACCUGAUCCUACGUACUUGUUUCGCUCAUACAAAGAGUUCUGUGAAUUUCAUCAAAAACUUUGUCUCCUCUUUCCAUUGGCUAAGUGCUACAUGUCUGUAGGAAGAUCCAACAUUAAGCAAGUUGCUGAACGGCGACGUGUGGAUAUUGAACGUUUCUUGAACACACUGUUUCUUAUGGCAGAUGAGAUUUCUCAUUCUGAUAUUGUCUAUACUUUCUUCCAUCCUCUUCUGAGGGACCAACAGGAGGCAAAUAUCAAUGCAACCAAGGUUAAAGUUUGUGGCCAGUUAAGAUUGUCUCUACAUUACCAAAGAGGGACACUAAUGGUAAUGGUACACCAUGCCCGUAGUCUCUCAACAGUAUCAGCAGGACAGGAACCAUCACCCUACGUAAAGGUGUAUCUCCUCCCUGAUCAGUCCAAGGUUACCAAGAGGAAGACAAAGGUUGUACGUAGAAACUGUCAUCCUACCUUCAUGGAGAUG